AUGGCAGCCAUCGAUCUGGAGCUGGGGCUGGAAUGCGGUGGCCGGGGGUGGGGGCAGGAGAGGCCCGACACCGCGGACAACUUUGACUCCGAGAUGCAGGAGUGGGAGGAUCAGCUGCAGGACAUCCAGAGGAAAAUAGAAGAGCUGUACAAUGAAGUUCAGGCCCGCAGAGGAGCGAACGACAUCACUGGUGACAACCAGAAAAAUGGCGACCCAUCUGAUUGUGAGCUGAGGCAACACAGCAAUGUCCUGUUUGCGCCUGGUUCCCACGGCGGGAAUCGUGUCAGAGGUCAUGAUGGGCACGGCUGCAGCUGCUGCCGCUCCAACGGGGUUUCAGAGAUCGGAGACUUCCUGCAGGAUUAUCUGGAGAAGGGGAAUAAAACGAGCCGGAAGAACAACAGAGCUCGCCACGUGCACUUCAGUGACACAGUUAAAGUGAACCAGGACAUCUCUGCAUUCCAGGAUGAGGCCAGAAGACGAUCCGGAAAUCACAGGGUUGGACCAGACCAAUAUUUGAGCACUUUUGAGGAAACUGAAAACAUAAAGAACAGAGUGUCUCACAUGAGGGGUUCCCCCCACAGAGAGGAAAACACUGGUGCGAAGCCCCCUGUUGGACAAAGAGAUGCUUCUGCUGCAUCAGCACGUUCUCAGUUCCCAGUCCUGACAACCGAGUCUCCCUUGUUGGACAAAAAGUCCUUCACUCCAGGAGUCCUGGGAGACAGAAAAUGCAGCAGCCCCUCAGUUCUUAGGAAGUUUGGAGCCAUGCUUCAAGAGAAUGAGGGCAAGACACUCACCGAAUCCGGGGUGGUGACCCAUCAGGGACCAUCCUCAGAGGCAAAGUGUCCCACUCCUUGCUGUCAGCGCAGAGCUCUGGGAGCCACCGGAGGAGCCAGCAAGGCGCCAAUGCGCAUGCCUAACCAGAAAUGCCAAGCAAAUUCUGAUGUGCUGACAGCAGAGACAGAGCCCAGCCAAGACCGGGGUUCAUUAUUAGAGUCUGCUCGGCAUCAUUUCAAGGAUCAGAGAGAAGUCUGCAGUAGUGCUAAAGGCUCUCAGUCUGCUCCCCAACAGAUCCUGGGGAGAUCUCAGGUACCAGGGAGCCCGAAGGUCCGACCCCGUGCUAACAGCGGGGCAGACAGAGAGGGAGGGAGAGCAAGAAAGCAGCAACUGGAGCCCAAAACAGAUUAUAGGACAACGAGUCCUUCUGGGGCUCACAGGAUUCCAAGGAGACAGGAUGUACAUGAUUCUUUCUAUUUGAGGGACGAAGGACUUAUAGAACUGCUGGACAUGCUGGACAUCCAGCAUGAUUACAGCUCCAGUCCCAGAGUGACAAACACGGCUUACAGACAAGAGCCACAACAGGUAAAUCCUGCAGAGAUGUCUCCAGCAAGACCCAAGAGGAGUUUUUCUCGUCCUGCACGCCCUGCCAACCAGCGACCUCCUUCCAGAUGGGCCAACCGAACACCUACUGCCAGAAUCAGUGCCCCGUCAGGCCCAAUCUACAGGCCCCCUAGCCCUCUUACUCGCACCCCUAGUCCUGGCCUAAAGCAUCGGCCUCCUGUUUCCUACUCCCUUCAGACAGAAACUAUCAUUAUGUGACAUCUUCCAUCUAAUGGCAUCUGUCCCCAUCACCUUGUACAACAACAUCUUUGUAAAUAGUAAGGGCCUCCUGUUUUGUGAGUGCUAAAAUGAAAUGGAAACCUUUCUCCCGAUGUGUUCUAAACAUAACGUCCAUAUUCACCGGUGAUGCUGCAGCUUUAAACUUCUUCUGUGCCUAACUUCUACCAACAUUUCACCAUAUUGCUUUGUUGUUCCCAGAUAUCUAACUUUUUUGUAUAAAAAUAAAAGUGCUUUUUUUAUGUGAAGGAUUAGCAUGCAGCCCCAGUUCGAGGGUGCGCUCUUUCAGCUUUUCUGGUUGAUACAUUGAAUCAAAUGCCGUCUCGUUACCAGAGGGAGAUCCAGUUGGGACAAAGUUCCCAGAGGUGACCUCUACACUGCUGAAAAGUGUAUUGGACUGUAUGAUGAAAAGUAUUGAAGAUGUUCAAAUAAUAACUGUGACAAUUGAUUCUAAUAUGCCUCUCAUGUAUUUCUCUUGGUAAUAAAUAUGACUGUGCUUAAAGUAAAUGCU